AUGGAAGGAAGCGAGCCAUUAAGCGAUAGUGAAGAUUCAGACAUUGAUUUACCCGAGGAUGAGGAGCCUCAGGCACCUGUAGUGGAACCCAAAGAAAAGAAAGAAAAAGUAAAGCGAAGUGUCUAUUUAGAUCCCUCUGCCAAAAAGAGUAAGCCGAGAAAGAAGGCAGCCGCCGAAAAGAACGCGGAAGGCAAGCCAAUCGCAAGUCCUCCGAAACCAAAGCCUGUUUUGCCCCAGCUCGAGCUAACCCUCCGUGCUUCGACGCAGUACAAGAGUCAAGUGUCGGCCAUCCAGCGCCAACUCGAGGAAGAGGACAAAAAAGACACCGUGCGUCACCGCAAGCGACAGCCGGUGCGCCGUCCUCUCCAGCGGCAGAUGCUCCAGCAGAGCAUCGCCACGGAAGUCGAGAACACCAUUUCUCUCCACCAAAUCCUCAAAGAAGAAGAGAAGAAAAAAGUCGUUACCAAACGCAAAGCAAUCACCGGCAAUCGCGUAUGCGAGUUGUCCUCCCCUCGCUUUCCCCAUCUUCUCCUUUUCUCCUCCCCUUCUCUGGCUCCUGCCUGGCCGGCAGUGCCGCGUCCUAAGCGAGCGCGCUGCGCCUUCAACGACGGGCCUGCGCGCUACUUCGAUCCGCGCUCCAACGCGCCGCUGUGCAGCCUGGCUUGCGCCAAACGCCUCCGCGAAGAGAGGAGGGCCAAGGAAACCACCGCCCUGCUGGGCACCGCGGGGGACGAAGCCUUCCGAUCCAGUGGACUGAGUGGCCUGAAUGGGGUCAAUGGGGUCAAUGGGGUCAAUGGGGUCAAUGGGGUCAGUGGAACCACUCGACCUAAUGCACCCAAUGCACCCAAUGGACCCAAUGCAUCCAAUGCACCCAAUGGAUUCGGUGAAACGCCCGGGAGAACGGGAAUGGGAGGCAUCAAGGGAGAAGCGAAGCAAACGCGGCAGAUGGCGAGUGGCGGACGUACGGAUGGGAAGAAGAGUGGAGAGAAGGGAAAGGAAGCGAUUGGCGCAGGGACGCAGAAAAACGGAGACGCAUUAAAGGGCAUUCCGAAGGGUGGAGUAAAAACGGAAAACCCGCCGCCGCCGAAGAGAACGAUACCGCAACCAACGGCUCCGAUCAAUCCCACGAUCGUAACGACGACCACGACGCAAGGAAAGGUGUUGCAAUUCCAAUUGAACUACGCCAACGUUCUUUAUAUCAACAGCAAGGCGCUAAAUAUCCCAGUGAACAUAAAUCAGAUGUACUAUCUUCAAACGGAGGUGAAUGGGAAGAAGGUGGUGAAUGCGCAUCUUAUGACGGAAACGAAAAGGGAUGCGGAUGGAAAUGUAUAUUAUUGUAUGGUACCGAUGAUUCCCUUACAGAAUCCUUCAACUUGCAUUGUUUGUUUGAAUCGCGGUUUUUACGCAAAUUUCGCAGGUCGAUCUGCCGAUUUGAUCUGCAGUUUUUGA